AUGGCUACCACCAGCACCUCGCCCUAUUGUGUAUCGCUGGUUUCGAGUUUGGCGGACUCUCAACAUCCAGUUUGUUGUGCCUAUGUUUUGCCAGGUAACUUUUCUUCAUCUCAACCAUUAGAAGCACUGAUGAGAGGCUAUAUUUUCUCCGCCUUCAACGUCGGCCUGCUGCUAAUGCUCAUCACUGGCUUCAUAGCAGACAAGUUCAACGCCAAGUACAUGAUUGUCGCAAGUGUGAGUUUGGCCGUCAUAGCCAAUCUGAUGAUCGCGCAGUUCUCCAUUGUGAGCGUCUAUUUCGCUAUAGCCGGCCGAUUUCUCGUCGGAUUUGCGGAUGCCCUUCUACAACCGGCGGUGAAUUCACUGAUCACUCGGUGGUUCCCAACUGCUGAGCGAAGUUAUGCUUUGGGACUGGCGACGGGUGGACGUCAACUUGGGCGAAAACCGUUGUCUUAUCGUAGAAUUCACCCUCAAGUAGCCCUUCAGAUAGGAAUGCUAGCCUCCAUCUCAGUGCACGUUGGGGAAGUCUAG